AUGAUAUCGACGAAGAAAGCUUUUCUGGAUAUUGGAGAGGAAGCCCUAUUCAACUCCUCAAUUGCACAUUUACGGCAAAUGUUCUGGGAGCUCGCCUUCACCACACAUACACCUCGAUGGUAUAUGGAAUGGAAUCGAGACCGACAAAGUAGAGAAGAGGAUGAAGCCAUUUUGAUCUCUGUCCAGCAAGCCUUUGCACUUCAAUGGUUAGCUUCUGACAAAUCUCAAAUUGGCCUUCCACUCUGUACAUCUGCAAAUGAGAACGGAUCGUCCAUGGAGACCCUUCACGCGUUCAGCACCGCAUGGUUUGGCGCGCGAUCUCGAAUUCUAAAUGCGAAACCCAGUCGAUCAUUCACACGUGUUUAUGCCAUGCUUCUCUUCCACAUGUCUGUUGCGCCUGAAGAAUUCAAUGACACUCUGAUAGACAAGAACAGAAUUCUAAAUGAAUGUCUAAGUCAUCUGCGCGACUUAAAAGUCAUGGUCGAAGAGUUCAGUCGGAACUUGAGCCCCGCGUCAAACUAUAGAAGGCUUCUUGAAUCCUCAGUUAGGGUUUUUGAAUGGUUCGCAUAUGUCAAAGAUACCUUUGAGUCCUUGAUCUGUGAUCGAGACUGCAUUCUUACGGACGACCCCCCAAAUUGCAACUACGUCUCUUCGGAUCUUUCUGGUCAGAUAUCUCAAGCCUUCGACACAGAAGUGCCAUCGCUAUGCCAGAAGAUUGUUAGGCCCAUAGGACAAGUUUUGAGGCAGGUUACCAGAGUGAAGCAGCUUGUACGUGAAGCCCAAUAUAUUACCGAAAAAUCAGCACUGCGUACUGCUUUAGACGUCUCUAUCAAUCUUGUCGAUAAAUUUAGUUCGACUUAUGGCCGAUUUUGUGAGGAAGCCCUAUCGCGUUUCGAAGGAUUAUCUGACGUCUCGCAAUUAGCUGUCGGUUAUCAGACCUUGUUCUGGAAUUUGGGAGCCCUUAUUCUUGUUGAACAAAUUGACGCGGCGGUCCAUUAUGGUUUGGAUGUAAAUGAUGAAGCUACGCAUAACGUUUCAAAGAAAGCUCGGGAAUACGAAAUGAAUGCUAUUUCGUCAGUAGUCGCGAUUUCAAGUCGUAUCAACAAUAUUUCAACCAAGCACGGAUAUAUCCGACUUUCCUACGACUCUGAGUUAAAGCUACCUUUUAUUUUACACCAUGCUAGCCUUGCACCGGUUGUGACAGUUUUGAGUAAGGCGCUGGAACAUCUUAUCCAACAAACUACCUUCACCAACGUCACAAUGUUCGGAAGAGAUGUCGAGUUUAUGGAUGAUGUGGACAGUAUGGAUGCUACCGUGGCAGGGGCUCGGUCAGCGAGACCUACCGUUCAGAAACUCAUGAGCUCACAUAGCGAUGUGUUGAUGGACUGCUGGGGGGUUGACGAACUACAGACCUUUCCAUAG